ACGUGGACGUGGACGUGGUUGUGGACGUGGCGUGGUUGUGGACGUGGACGUGGACGUGGUCGUGGACGUGGACGUGGACGUGGAUGAGGAGGACGUGGACGCGGACGUGGACGUGGUCGUGGACGUGGACGUGGUCGUGGACGUGGACGUGGUCAUGGACGUGGACGUGGACCUGGACGUGGAUGUGGACGUGGAUGUGCACAUGGACAUGGACGUGGACGUCGUCGUGGGCGUGGACGUGGACGUGGACGUGGACCUGGACGUGGACGUGGACGUGGAUGCGGACGUGGACGAGGUCAUGGACGUGGACGUGGACAUGGUCGUGGACGUGGACGUGGAGGACGUGGACGUGGAUGACGUGGACGUGGACCUGGACGUGGACGUGGACGUGGUCGUGGACGUGGACGUGGACGUGGACGUGGUCGUGGACGUGGACGUGGACCUGGACGUGGUCGUGGACGUGGUCGUGGACGUGGACGUGGUCGUGGACGUGGACGUGGACCUGGACGUGGACGUGGACGUGGUCGUGGACGUGGUCUUGGACGUGGACGUGGACGUGGUCGUGGACGUGGUCGUGGACGUGGACGUGGACGUGGUGGUGGACGUGGACGUGGACGUGGUCGUGGACGUGGUCGUGGACGUGGACGUGGUCGUGGACGUGGACGUGGACGUGGUGGACGUGGUGGACGUGGACGUGGUCAUGGACGUGGACGUGGACGUGGAGGUGGUCGUGGACGUGGACGUGGACGUGGUGGACGUGGACCUGGACCUGGACGUGGACGUGGACGUGGACUUGGACGUGGACGUGGAAGUGAACGUGGACCUGGAUGUGUUCGUGGACGUGGACGUGGAUGUGGUCGUGAACGUGGACGUGGACGUGGUCGUGGACAUGGACGUGGACGUGGACGUGGACUUGGACGUGGACGUGGAUGUGGACGUGGACGUGGUCGUGGACGUGGACGUGGACGUGGACGUGGACGUGGUCGUGGACGUGGACGUGGACGUGGAGGACGUGGACGUGGACGUGGAGGACGUGGACGUCGACGUAGUCGUGGACGUGGACGUGGACGUUGUCGUGGACGUGUACGUGGAUGUGGACGUGGACGUGGACCUCGACGUGGACGUGGACGUGGACGUAGACGUGGACGUGGUGGAUGUGGACGUGGACGUGGAUGUGGACGUGGUCGUGGACGUGGUGGAUGUGGACGUGGACGUGGACGCAGACGUGGAGGACGUGGAUGACGUGGACGUGGACCUGGACGUGGACGUGGACUUGGACGUGGACGUGGACGUGGUCGUGGACGUGGUCGUGGACGUGGACGUGGACGUGGACGUGGACGUGGACUUGGACGUGGUCGUGGAUGUGGACGUGGUCCUGGACGUGGACGUGGACUUGGACGUGGACGUGGACGUGGUCGUGGAUGUGGACGUUUUUCGUCGUGGAUGUGGAGAGGAGGUGGACGUGGACAUGGACCUGGACGUGGACGUGGACGUGGACCUGGACGUGGACGUGGAAGUGAACGUGGACCUGGAUGUGUUCGUGGACGUGGACGUGGAUGUGGUCGUGGACGUGGACGUGGACGUGGUCGUGGACAUGGACGUGGAUGUGGACGUGGAAUUGGACGUGGACGUGGAGGUGGACGUGGACGUGGUCGUCGACGUGGACGUGGACGUGGUCGUGGACGUGGACGUGGACGUGGAGGACGUGGACGUGGACGUGGAGGACGUGGACGUGGACGUGGUCGUGGACGUGGUCGUGGACGUGGACGUGGUCGUGGACAUGGACGUGGACGUGGUCGUGGUCGUGGACGUGGACGUGGACGUGGUCCUGGACGUGGACGUGGACGUGGACUUGGACGUGGUCCUGGACGUGGAUGUGGACUUGGACAUGGACGUGGACGUGGACGUGGUCGUGGAUGUGGACGUGGUCGUGGACGUGGACGUGGACGUGGACGUGGACGUGGACUUGGACGUGGACGUGCACGUGGUCGAGGUGGACGUGGACCUGGACCUGGACGUGGACCUGGACCUGGACGUGGACGUGGACGUGGACGUGAACGUGGACCUGAAUGUGUUCGUGGACGUGGACGUGGAUGUGGUCGUGGACGUGGACGUGGACGUGGUCGUGGACAUGGACAUGGACGUGGACGUGGACUUGGACGUGGACGUGGACGUGGACGUGGUCGUGGACGUGGACGUGGACGUGGUCGUGGACGUGGACGUGGAGGACGUGGACGUGGACGUAGUCGUGGACGUGGACGUGGACGUGGACGUAGACGUGGACGUGGACGUGGACGUAGACGUGGACGUGGUGGAUGUGGACGUGGACGUGGACGUGGAUGUGGACGUGGUCGUGGACGUGGUGGAUGUGGACGUGGACGUGGACGCAGACGUGGAGGACGUGGAUGACGUGGACGUGGACCUGGACGUGGACGUGGACUUGGACGUGGACGUGGACGUGGUCGUGGACGUGGUCGUGGACGUGGACGUGGACAUGGACGUGGACGUGGACGUGGACGUGGACGAGGUCGUGGACGUGGACGUGGACGUGGACGUGGUCGUGGACGUGGACGUGGACGUGGUCAUGGACGUGGACGUGGACGUGGUCGUGGACGUGGACGUGGUCGUGGACGUGGACGUGGACGUGGACCUGGACGUGGACGUGGACUUGGACGUGGACGUGGACGUGGACUUGGACGUGGACGUGGACCUGGACGUGGACGUGGUCGUGGACGUGGACGUGGACCUGGACGUGGACGUGGACGUGGACCUGGAUGUGGACGUGGACUUGGACGUGGACGUGGACGUGGACGUGCACGUGGACGUGGACGUGGACUUGGACGUGGACGUGGAUGUGGACCUGGACGUGGACGUGGACGUGGACGUGGACGAGGUCGUGGACGUGGAUGUGGUCGUUGACGUGGACGUGGACGUGGACCUGGACGUGGACGUGGUCGUGGACUUGGACGUGGACGUGGACUUGGACGUGGACAUGGACCUGGACGUGGUCGUGGACUUGGACGUAGACGUGGACUUGGACGUGGACGUGGACCUGGACGUGGACGUGGUCGUGGACAUGGACGUGGACGUGGACGUGGUCGUGGACGUGGACGUGGACGUGGACCUGGACGUGGACGUGGACUUGGACGUGGACGUGGACGUGGACUUGGACGUGGACGUGGACCUGGACGUGGACGUGGUCGUGGACGUGGACGUGGACCUGGACGUGGACGUGGACGUGGACCUGGACGUGGACGUGGACUUGGACGUGGACGUGGACGUGGACGUGCACGUGGACGUGGACGUGGACUUGGACGUGGACGUGGAUGUGGACCUGGACGUGGACGUGGACGUGGACGUGGACGUGGACGAGAUCGUGGACGUGGAUGUGGUCGUUGACGUGGACGUGGACGUGGACCUGGACGUGGACGUGGUCGUGGACUUGGACGUGGACGUGGACUUGGACGUGGACAUGGACCUGGACGUGGUCGUGGACCUGGACGUGGACGUGGACUUGGACGUGGACGUGGACCUGGACGUGGACGUGGUCGUGGACAUGGACGUGGACUUGGACGUGGACGUGGACGUGGACCUGGACGUGGACGUGGACUUGGACGUGGACGUGGACGUGGACGUGGACGUGCACGUGGACGUGGACGUGGAUGUGGUUGUGGACGUGGACAUGGACGUGGACGUAGACCUGGACGUGGACGUGGACCUGGACAUGGACGUGGACGUGGACGUGGGCGCGGACGUGGACGUGGACGAGGUCAUAGACGUGGACAUGGUCAUGGACGUGGACGUGGACGUGGACGUGGACGUGGGCGCGGACGUGGACGUGGACGAGGUCAUGGACGUGGACGUGGUCAUGGACGUGGACGUGGACGUGGACGUGGUCGUGGUGGACGUGGUGGACGUGGACGUGGACGUGGUCGUGGACGUGGACAUGGAUGUGGUCGUGGACGUGGACGUGGACGUGGACGUGGUGGACGGGACGUGGUCGUGGACGUGA